AUGCAAUUCUCCUUCGUCAUUGCUUCUGUUGUUGCGCUUGCCGCUCUGGCCAUUGCUGGCCCCGCCGCUCCUGAGAACACCGAAGCCUCGUACAUCGUCAGUGACGCCGAGUUGGACCACUGGCUCAGCACGACGGAUGCGAAGCUCACCUUCAUCGGCGAGGAAGGAAACAACCCUCUUGCCGCUCGCGCUGGCAAGACCAGAGUGGUUUACUGCAGCAGCCGCAAGGGUCCCGUCUGCGGCGGCGCCUGCAGUGUCUACAACGGUGGCAACACUUGCCUCAAGGCACCCAAAACCGCCUGCAUCUCUGCGACGAGGAACGUUGCCUUCUGCGACAAGGGCGGAUGCAACGGAAGCUGCAACUACAUCAACAGCUGCGGAAAGAGACUUGACGGCGGUUUCUGCGCGACCCCUGGCACGAAGUCCAUCCUCGUACCCUUCUAA